AGCCUGCAGCAGAGCAGACCAACCGCCAAUCGUGUGACGCCCCCCCUGCUGCUGUUCAACCCUCCCCUUCCCCAGUCCGCGGCCGCCCAGCCACCGCCGCCGCCACCACGGCUCCUCGAUCAGGGUCUUCCCUCCUCUUCGCCCUUCGCCCCCCGCAAGUCCCGCGCGAUUGAUGAGUAUUUUUCUCCCCGUCCCUUGGAGCGACUCGGUGGAUGCGAGGGACCUGCCCGCGCUCGACCCGCCUUCGCCGCUAUCUCGCCGCCUCGCCGCCGCCCGGCGGGCAGCCUCCUGCUCUCACCUUCCUUCCCCGGAGCUAGCCGCAGGCCCAUGGGCUAGCGACUCACGUUUCGCCCUCCUGCGAUCGCGAGCGGAGGCGCGGCCUGCGGGAUCCGCCCGUCUCCUCCUCGCGCUCUCGGAAUAAUCCAAAUAACUCCUUGGUCUCGAUCCUCGGAGUUGCUGGCCUGCGUGUAGAUCGCCUCCUGCUGAUGCGAGUGUUGUGCUUUCCAGUAACAAGAGUGUACAGUUGUUGUUGCGUCUUGGGGAUGUGAAUCCUGUCCUCGGUGGGGAUCCAGCUCACGCUAGAUUUUUCCCCCCUUUUGCUUUGCACUUUUUCAUCACUCGGGAGGGGAAAGAUUGGGUUCCUGGGUGAUUAACACUCAAUCGCUGUGCAGGAGGAUUCUACCUUAUCUUCUAAUUGCUGUUUCCGUACUCCUAAUGCAAGUAGUGGGGAGGCAAAGUAACGAUUGUAUUGCCGGUUUUGGGGACAUAUUCUUGGGGAUAUUCCACCCUGUACAAAGAUAUCCCUUACCCUUAGUUUAGUUUGAUGCUCAAAUCAUUAGUGGUGGGGAGUGCACAUAUCACAAAUCCUGAUUAUACUCGGCCAUUCGAGUUAUGGGUUCCUCACAAGAAUCCACCUUCUCCUCGGCCUCAGCGGCUGCACAAGUGAAUGCUUCCGCUCUCGACUUGCUACCGGUCUAUGCCAAGGAGCUUAUUGCUGGCGGCGCUGCUGGUGCAUUUGCAAAGACUGCGGUAGCACCACUGGAGAGGGUCAAGAUCUUAUUGCAGACAAGAACUGAAGGUUUCCAGUCCCUUGGGAUCCUCCAGUCCUUGAGGAAGCUGUGGCAGUACGAGGGAAUUCGAGGCUUCUACAAAGGGAACGGUGCAAGCGUGCUUCGGAUUGUUCCAUAUGCAGCAUUACAUUACAUGACAUAUGAACAGUACAGGUGCUGGAUAUUGAACAAUUUUGCUCCAUCAAUAGGUACAGGGCCUGUCGUUGAUCUUUUAGCGGGCUCUGCUGCUGGUGGUACUGCAGUUUUGUGUACAUACCCAUUAGACUUGGCUAGGACCAAGCUGGCAUACCAGGUUUCAAAUGUUGGCCAGCCUGGCAAUGCUUUUGGAAAUUCUGGUCAACAACAAACAUAUAAUGGCAUAAAGGAUGUCUUCAAGACUGUUUACAAGGAAGGAGGCGCACGAUCUUUAUAUCGUGGAGUAGGCCCAACUCUUAUUGGUAUUCUUCCAUACGCCGGCUUAAAAUUUUACAUAUACGAAGAUCUGAAAUCUCAAGUUCCAGAAGAUUACAAGAAUUCUGUUAUAUUGAAGCUCUCUUGCGGAGCUUUAGCUGGUCUAUUUGGACAAACGCUCACUUAUCCACUGGAUGUUGUCCGAAGACAAAUGCAGGUUCAGAGCAAGCAGCCUCAAAAUUCAAGUGAUGGCUUCCGUAUAAGAGGAACUUUCCAGGGUCUCUUAUUGAUCAUUCAUUGCCAAGGGUGGAGACAACUCUUUGCUGGUUUGAGCCUUAACUAUGUCAAGGUUGUCCCUUCAGUAGCUAUCGGCUUCACAACAUAUGACAUGAUGAAGACAUUGCUAGGGGUUCCUCCUAGAGAGAGAGUCCAUGCGUCAGGUGGUAACAAAUGAAGCAAUAUUGGCCAUCCUUGUGUUAUGACUGAAGAAAAUCUAGGCUGUCGCAUUGUUAUUCUUGUUAUGAAUCCUAUUGCUAUCACCCUAUGUUGCAUAUGAUGGAGAGUAUUGUAUAUUGGUCAAAUAGUUCUGUGUCUGUAACCGUCGGUCGAGUUGCUUGUACCAUCCAUUAUGCUACUUGUAAUUUGUAAUCAUGAAUACAAUGAUGGUACCAGAGUUGCCCUACAUUAACAAUAUUAGUAGUGCCCUUAUUGGAGAUUCUGGUGUUUA